UGCCCCGCAGUCCCGGGGAGCGCCAGACUCAGCUAGUGACGUAACUUCCGACCUGUUCUGUGCGGUCUCCUGUCAUCCUGACGCGCUCCGGAUUUUGCUUGUCGGGUUUUAUUCCGCCGGUUUGCCUCUCCGCCUGUGUAUCUAGCCUGAAACAGUGCAUAUUAUCUCUUUGCAAACAUCUUUAGCCUUCUCUUCGGCAGCCACUUCCCUGUGCUUCUUCUGUAGCUUGGACUCAUCACUGUUCAAAUUCGUCUGGCCUCUUGGAGAAAUCACGACUGUUACUGUGAUUUUUCUUACUUAUCUACUUAGGGAAGUGCUAGGACUGCGGGCUGUAAGGUUGCGUUGUCUGGUUUCAAAUGCUGCCUCUCACUUCUAACAGUGUUACCUGGGCAUGUUACUUCAUCUCUCUCUCUGUUUUUAUUUAAUCCCAUUUUCUGAGGAUCUCUGUGCCCACUUCGAAUGUGAAACAUAAUACUAGUACAUAGAAAAUAGAAUAAUUGUGUGUAUUACUUGAGACAAUACAUGGAAAGCACUGGCACAUUGAAAGCAUUCAAUUAGUGUUAACCAUUACUUUUUGCACUAUUAUGCACUCUUACUACCUGUUGGAACAUACCUGUGCUUAAGGACGACUGGAACCAGAUUUCCUGCCAUCCCUCAUACCCCCCCCCCCACUUUUGUCUUUAAAUUUUUACAGAUACACAGUUUUUAAUUAAGUAAUUAAUUGAUGAUGCCUGUAAUCUUCGUUGGAACUGUGAGCCCCUCCAGACAAAGUUGGAAUCUUAAAUAGAAACUAAUUUCAACCCUACUGGAAAUCACCUGCUUAGUGGUGCGAGGUAAUGGGGGAAAGUUGAAUAAAACCCAGGCCUUACCCUCAAGAACAUGGAGAUACUCAAUAAAUAUUUAUGGAAUGAAGGAAGUCAACCUAGGAAAAAGUGGAAGGGACCAGCUGGGCUGAAGAUUUAUCCUUAGCACAAAAAAAUGCACAGAAUGACAGAACUGAAAGGAACGUUAGAAGCAAUCACUUAGUCAAUCUCUUGCUGUUACAGGUAAGGAACAUUGGAUCCAAAGGAGUGGCUAUUAAAUGAAUUUCAAUACUAGCACCAGAAGAAGAGUCUCAAAAUGCUCACCACCUCUUCACAUUCCCAGAAUCUGCCUCAAAAUGUGAAUAAGACAAGACUGAAUUCAAACUAGCCUACUGAACCUGAGGAUGCUUUUGCCUGAUAUUACAGAAACCUUGUCACAGACUGGGUAUUCCAGAAGUAGACAGUCAUGUGGAGAUGAGAAAAAAGAUUUCUAUUAGGAAUGGAGUGGAAGCAGGAUUGUUCAGAGGAAGAAGUUGAACUGCUAUUCAGGUUCAGCAAAUCCUCAGCUAUCCUGGGAGGGAACUCUAGAAACAGGAAUGAUACCGAGCUCGGAUUUAUAAUUUGGAGGCAGGUUCGCGAGAAGAAAACACCAAGCCGAGAAUAACAAGUAUGGCUUUACUCCGUGAAAUAGAAGAAGGACUACAGAAAGCUGUAACAGACCAUACAAUAAAAGCCAUUGUGAUUUGUGGAGCAGAGGGCAAAUUUUCUGCAGGUGCUGAUAUUCACGGCUUCAGCGCUCCUAGGACCUUUGGCUUAUCACUGGGAAGUGUAGUAGAUGAAAUACAGAGAAAUGGGAAGCCCGUGGUGGCAGCAAUCCAAGGCAUGGCUUUAGGAGGAGGACUAGAGCUGGCCCUGGGUUGUCACUAUAGGAUUGCCCAUGCAGAGGCUCAAGUUGGCUUACCAGAAGUUACACUGGGACUUCUCCCUGGUGCAAGAGGAACCCAGCUUCUCCCAAGACUCAUCGGAGUUCCUGCUGCACUUGACUUAAUUACCACAGGAAGACAUAUUUCAGCAGGUGAAGCACUCAAGCUGGGCAUUCUAGAUAAAGUUGUGAACUCAGACCCACUUGAAGAAGCAAUCAGAUUUGCUCAGAGAGUUUCAGAUCAACCUUUAGAAUCCCGUAGACUCUUCAACAAGCCAAUUCCGAGCUUGCCCAACAUGGACACCAUUUUUAGUCAGGCCCUCUUGAAGAUGCGGAAGCAGCACCCUGGGUGUCUUGCUCAGGAGGCUUGUGUCCGAGCGGUCCAGGCUGCUGUGCAGUAUCCCUAUGAAGUGGGCAGCAAGAAGGAGAAGGAGCUGUUUCAAUAUCUUUUGCAAUCAGGGCAGGCGAGAGCCCUGCAAUAUGCUUUCUUCGCUGAAAGGAAAGCAAAUAAGUGGUCAUCUCCCUCUGGAGCAUCGUGGAAAACAGCAUCAGCGCAGCCUGUCUCCUCGGUUGGCGUUGUCGGCUUGGGAACAAUGGGCCGAGGCAUUGUCCUUUCUUUUGCAAGGGCCAGGAUUCCUGUGAUUGCUGUAGACUCAGACACAAACCAGCUGGCAACUGCAAACAAGAUAAUAACCUCUGUCUUGGAAAAAGAAGCAUCCAAAAUGCAACAGAGUGGCCACCCUUGGUCAGGACCAAAACCCAGGUUAACUUCAUCUAUGAAGGAGCUUGGUGGUGUAGAUUUAGUCAUUGAAGCAGUAUUUGAGGACAUGAGCCUGAAGAAGCAGGUCUUUGCUGAACUCUCAGCUGUGUGCAAACCAGAAGCUUUUUUGUGCACCAAUACUUCAGCCCUGGACGUUGAUGAGAUUGCUUCUUCCACAAAUCGUCCUCACCUGGUCAUUGGCACUCACUUCUUUUCACCAGCUCAUAUCAUGAAGUUGUUAGAGGUUAUUCCCAGCCGAUACUCUUCCACCACUACUAUUGCCACUGUUAUGAACUUAUCAAAAAAGAUUAAAAAGAUUGGGGUCGUUGUAGGCAACUGUUUUGGAUUUGUGGGGAAUCGAAUGUUGAAUCCUUAUUACAAUCAGACAUAUUUCUUAUUAGAAGAAGGCAGCAAGCCAGAGGAGGUAGAUCAGGUGCUGGAAGAGUUUGGCUUUAAAAUGGGACCUUUUAGAGUGUCCGAUCUUGCUGGGUUGGAUGUAGGCUGGAAAUCUAGAAAGGGGCAAGGUCUUACCGGACCUACAUUGCUUCCAGGAACUCCUGCCCGAAAAAGAGGCAAUAGGAGAUAUUGCCCAAUUCCUGAUGUGCUCUGUGAAUUAGGACGAUUUGGCCAGAAGACAGGUAAGGGCUGGUAUCAGUAUGACAAGCCAUUGGGUAGGAUUCACAAACCUGAUCCCUGGCUUUCCAAAUUCCUAUCACAGUAUAGAGAAACCCAUCACAUUGAACCACGUAUCAUCAGCCGCGAUGAGAUCCUGGAGCGUUGCUUAUAUUCACUUAUCAAUGAAGCCUUCCGUAUCUUGGGAGAAGGGAUAGCUGCUAGCCCAGAGCACAUUGAUGUUGUCUAUUUACAUGGAUACGGAUGGCCAAGGCACAGGGGCGGGCCCAUGUUCUAUGCUUCCACAGUUGGGUUGCCCACCAUUCUAGAGAAGUUGCAGAAAUAUUACAGGCAGAACCCUGAUAUUCCCCAACUGGAGCCCAGUGGCUAUCUAAAAAAGCUGGCUUCUCAGGGAAACCCUCCCCUGAAAGAAUGGCAAAGCUUGGCAGGGCCCCCCAGCAGCAAAUUGUGAUUCGGCCUCCCAGCUUAUGCCCCACAUGUUAGCAUCAGGUAAUGCUUACUGAAUUUCAGUGAAAUUAAAUCCAAAAAUCCAAAGUAAGAUUGUUCUGAAAUACAAAGCGAAAGAAAUAAUCAGUAGAGUCUUCUGUGCGACGACGUUCAUGGUCAGAUCUUUACGCGUGUGCUUCCCAUGCCUGUGAAUCUGCCCCUAUCAGAUGAAUUCAAUGCAUGAACUUGUGUGAAUGUAAUACCAUAAUAGCUGAUGAAAGAGGCUCAGGCGUAAGUUAUGAUUCUCAAGUGCGUUGAUCAUUGGAGAAAUGAGUCAUCAAUUAAUAAGUGAUAAAUGCAGCUAAGUCGUACAUUCAUUUUGACCCCUUUCAACCUCACACACAUAGCAUUGAUCAGAAGUCUUAUGAAUCAUACAUACAAUCAACGAGCAUUAAAGUUGUAAGAAAAACACAGUUGGAAAUUGGUAAGGGAACCGAGUACUUCCAACCAGCACGGGGAACUCAGGGUAGUGUGGUAAAUUGUGCUCAAUGUAUCACUUCUGUGCAAGCCUCGGAAAUGUUUGUUGAUCAUUUCGCUAAGCACAGGGGACAACCUAGUUUUUCCUCUUCUGUUUACGGAAAAAUGAUAGAAAGUAGUAAGUUGUUAACUUGUGUAAGAAGGGUCUUAGAGAACAUCUAACCUUCUAGGAGUUCCCAAUUCUGUGAUAGAGUAACGAUACCAGUCCCCUGUUAUGACAAGCCUUUGUGAUUUUACAUAUGGAAAUGACUGAAUCUUGAAAAAUCUAAAAUUGUUACAAAACAUAUUUUGUAUAA